AUGAAGGAGAUUGGCCUUGAGGGGCAUGGAAUCUCGUCAAUUGCGGCAUCCGAACCUUUCCCCCUGUUCACCAUGGAGGCAAUAAAGCAGAUCCGAGCCGAAGUGUUCAGUGAGCCCGUCCUCCGAGAUUGUCAAUAUACCUCGUCCUUUACCAAGAAUAUGAUCCGGGGCAUGGGCCGAGAACGUGCCCCGUUCUCCUGCGAUGCGUGGACCUCUCCAGAACUCCUUGCUUGUGUUUCGCAAGUUGCAGGCAUUGAUCUUACUUGGUGUUUUGACUAUGAGAUUGGCAGCGUCAACAUUUCGAUAGAAGACCAGGAUAAACAAAAUGCCCACAAUCAAGAUCCAACUGCUUUUGCCUGGCACUACGAUAGUUUCCCCAUCGUGUGCGUGACGAUGAUAUCGGACUGUGAGGGGAUGACCGGAGGUGAAACCGCAAUGAGAACACCGUCCGGGGAGAUCAAGAAAAUCCGUGGGCCGACAAUGAGACAUCUGACUGGCAUCAAGGGAACUGCAAUCAUCCUUCAGGGUCGAUACAUUGAGCAUCAAGCCCUUAAAGCUCUCGGAGGUCGCGAGCGGACUACUAUGAUCACUCCUUUCAGACCGAAAUCCCCAAUGAUUCGAGAUGAGAGUGUUCUAACAACCUGUCGAGCCAUAAGCAAUUGGUCUGACCUCUAUCAUGGGUAUACUGAGUAUCGACUGGAGCUUCUGGAAGAGCGUUUCCGUGCUAAAUUGAAGGAGGAGAGAAGAAGAGAACAGGCCAAAUGGCGCUUUGAUGUUAGAGAGACGCGGAAGUUUCUCAUGGAGCAGAAGCUGUACUUGGAGACAACUAUUGCUGAACUUGUUGAAAUGGAGGAUAUUGAUUAA